UAAAGCGCAACGCGCCGUACGCACACACACACACAAAAGUUCACGCAGUUUUUGUAGCGCAGCUGCCAUCCAGUUUCAGCAGAAAUUGGGUUGCCAACGUAUUUUCGCGGGUACCCUAGCGGGGUAGAUCAGGCCAGCGUUAGAUGCCGGUGUGUGGCUGGUCAACCGACCUUUUAUCGCGGGUGUUUUUCGUUGUCGGCUUUGCAGUAGGAACUGUGUUUAUGUCUUAUUCAAAAGGAGGGCGUUUGAAACUGCAAGGCAGUUUUAUCCAGGAGUAAGCAAUAGUACGAUUUCAUAGACGCUUUAGAGAAAGUUUACUUUGGGUCAAGAUCUUGCAAGGCUGCUGGAUCGGAGAUUUUAUCUUGUUUACGUUGGACAUCUGAUCACGGCACGAUGAACUUCGAAAUACCGGAUGGUCUCACCGACUUGUUGCAGGACUUCACCGUAGCUGUGCUUCGAGAAAAGCCCUCUGAUUUAGUCGAGUUCGCUUCGACAUACUUUGCUAAGUUACAAGAAAAUAACAUAAGUUUGGGUGGAAAACGUGGAGUGACUUUCACUGCACCAGAAGAUGCAGAAUCUGACAUCGAUGAUGAACCACCAGAACUUCCCAAGAACAGAUAUGCCAGAAGGAAAUCAGUUUGUGCAGAGAAGUAUGAUCCUGAGGCAGAUAAUGACACAGAUGGACAAAAGCUGGUCUACCCGAAGUCAGAUGAACAGAGAGCGCGUCUUACCGAAGCUGUGAAAAAUAUCCUACUCUUCAGGGCACUAGAUGAGAAACAAAUGCAAGAGGUCAUUGAUGCAAUGUUUGAGAAAAAGACGACGCCAGGCGAUCAUGUCAUCGACCAGGGAGAUGAUGGUGACAACUUCUACGUCAUAGAUAGAGGAGAAUAUGAUAUCUUUGUCAAUGAUAACAAGGUUGGAGCUUACAAAGACAGUGGAAGUUUUGGUGAACUAGCACUCAUGUACAACACACCAAGGGCAGCAACAAUUGUAGCUACUACAGAAGGCAUUCUAUGGGCAUUGGACCGUGUUUCUUUCAGAAGAAUAGUACUAAAGAAUGCAGCCAAGAAGAGGCGAAUGUAUGAAGUGCUACUUGAGAAGGUCUCAAUAUUCAAAUCUCUAGAGCCAUAUGAGCGUAUGAACCUUGCAGAUGCAUUAUUAUCAAGGACAUACGAGGAUGGAGACUGCAUUAUUGCUCAGGGAGAUGGAGCCGAUGGGUGCUAUUUUAUUGAAGCAGGGCAGUGUAGAAUCGCUAUGAAGAGCGAGAAAGCAGAUAACCCAGAUGAAGAGAAGGAAGUUGCAAUCUACAAUCAGGGCCAAUAUUUUGGAGAGCUAGCGUUGCUUACCAACAAGCCUCGAGCUGCCUCCGUCUACGCUGUAGGAGAUGUCCGAUGUGCCUUCCUGGACGUGAACGCGUUUGAACGGCUGCUGGGUCCUUGCAUGGACAUCAUGAAGAGGAAUAUCGAGCACUACGAGCAGGAGACAUCAAGAUUGUUUGGAAAAUAACCCCUUCCCCUUCACAUAGUCAACCAUCCCCAACCAUUCUUUCUGCUUCCCAUACCUGUUGCGCAACAUUGAUUAAAUUUCACAUCUGAGUUAAGACUGGCUGGCCAUUCGCUCACGUAACAGGCAUCCGAGAUACUAACACAAAGCACAUACCUUGGAUAUCCCAUUGAUAUUGAAUGCCAACUUCUUCAAGUUUAUGGGAUAUAGUGAACAUGAUGAUGAAACUUUGAGAAAUGUUUAUGCAACUGCUUCGGUCAAUUCUUUUUUAUUUUUAAUGUUAGUCACCUUUCAGGGAUAUCUUCACAGCAUCUGUGCAUACUAUCAGGGGUUGUUGCAAAACAAUUUCUUUACAAUCAAUUGCAAAUGUCAUAUACAAAUUGGCAAAUUGAUAGAAGAAUACUAGCUAAUGCAAACCUAUCAUGACUUCCAGUUGCAAAGAAAAGCUAAUACACCUGGGGCCCGUCUUUCAAAGAGUUGCGAUUUAUCUGAUCCAUGUCAAUAUAUAAAAUGCAUGUUUGUUUUAAAAAAAAUUCUAGACAUGAAUGUAUAUUUAUAAAUUCAUCGAUUUCUUGACAAUUUGGUGUGUUCUUCUUUGUUUACAAAGGACAUUUUGCAAAUUUCCUUUGGAAAGUUAUGACACUGUGGGAUUUCAGUAGAAUUACGAUCAGUUGGAUUAAUCGUAUCUUUUUGUAAGACUGGCCCAGCAGUCAAUUACAAUUUAGUAAUUAAUUGCAAGAUUAAUUAAUUUUGGAACCAGCACUUGACUUCCAAUCGAAGUUGCUUGCAAUACCCCCUGAUAUAUAUCAAACUGUAAUGUGUGUAGGCGGUUCCAUGUUCUGUCUGUCUGAAUUGCCUCCAAAAUGAAAUCACAUCUCAAAUGGCCUCUGGGAAUUUACAGAAGGUAUAUGGGCAUUGUGAGUGAGGUGGCGUUCUCAUGUUUAUUUCAGGCCACACCCACUUUUCUAACGUGGCGUUCAAGGACUGGUGUACGUUGAAAUCAGAUUCACAUUAUUUUAUCAGUAUUACAAACCACAGAAAAUAAUGAUCCGAUCUCUUAAUGAAUGGUUUCAUUGUUCAUAUUUUAUGGCUUUGUCGAAGUCAAUUGCAGAAACGACAAUGGAUGGGUUUUAUAUGUAUAAAUAUAUACAUAGGAAUAUAUAUGUGUAUUUCAAGCUGGUUUUUAUUGUCGAACAUCAUUUAUGUCGAGGAGACUGCUCCUCUUGAUGACUUUUAAAUCAAAAGUGACAUGGAACUUUUGUUGAUUUAGUGGUAUAAAACAUGAAUGCAAAUUUGCUGUUAAUAGUUUGUACAUAAAAUUAUCAAAGAAGUUUUACAUGAAAGGUUGUAUCUGUUCAAUUAAUUCAAUAUUAGAAUAUAUUUGAGUAUUGUGUUUGCUCAUUUUCACAAGAACCUUGUGGAGAAGAAAAUGGCUCAGCGAAUUAAUGCAAUUUUGAAGUAUUUUCUUACACAUGGAAAGAUCAUUAAUUGAAAUGAUUGUUUUGUGGUACGUUCUGUCUAAAGAUGUAUUUGUUUUUGCUUAUAUUUUAGUCCAAUGUGGUUGAUUCUUCCAGGAUUUUUAUUGUUGCAAAGUUCAAAGCAUUCAUUAGAUUUAUUAGUUGACAGAUAAACAUAUGAUGGUACUGUGUAAUGAGUGCAACUCUAUAUUUUUUCAAACAGCUUAAUUUGCCACGGUCAAAUUUUUAUCAGAUUGAUAUAACCAUUAUCCAUUUUUAUGAACUUUGGUUUUUCAUACAAGAUAAAUUACGAAACCAGAAUGUAUAUAUUUUCAGGUGAUUUUAUAGCCUGAUGAAUUAUCCCACAGUAAAUUGGUAGCCUAGGUGACUGUUUCUGUUAAAACACAUGAGUGGUCAGAACUAGUUCAGGCAAGAUGUUGGAUUCUCUAGGUCUUGUGAAAGGCUUUCCCCAAAUUAGCUAAAACACAUAUCUUUAGCUCUGAUUUUCUAAAGGUGGUCUACACCUUCCCUGGCCCACCCGCCCUUAUUUAAGUUUGUUUUCACAUUUGCACAAAUUAAAAAAAGAUUAAGUACAUUAUAUAUGUAUGAGGCGCAGAAGGGUAUAAAUAUAUGUAAACAUAACUUCAUGGGUUGUCGCACCUAAGUGCUUUAGCCAGCGUAUGCCGACGUAUGUAGGCUAUGGCAAGCCGUUCAUUUGAUCCAAUUUCUUGAUAUCAACCUAUAGGAUUUUUCAUAUAAAUAAUCUGAAUUCUUGACGAUUUGUGUAGUUUCAAAAUGCAAUUCUUGGUAUUAAGAAUGGAAUGCUUGAUAUAUAUAUAAAAAAAAUGGAUUUGAGGAAAAAACGGCUAGCUACAAGUCUGCUGGCUAAAACGUCAAGGUGUGAAAGUCCCUUACCUUCCUGUCUCCCAGCAAGUAAUAUGUUCCAAACAUUUUCCCUUACAUUAUCCUCUCAUUUUCUAGGAUUAGCAGAGGGGGUGGGGGCAUAGAAAGGGAGAGAUAGUCUGUGUGCAUAUGUCAGUGUGUCUGCGAGUGUGUGUGUGUGUGUGUUAGAGAGGGAGGGAGGAGCAGAGAAAGAGAGAUUUCAUUUAUAUUUACACAAAAGUUGUAGGUUGCAUGUCCUGUGUAACUAAACUAAUUGGUGAUUUCUAAAAUUGUAAAAGAUAUCACAUUUUUUAGUAAAAAAAUUUAUGUCAGAACUUGCACAUUUUAUAUGGUACAGAGAGCACAGACAGAUUUAUUGAUUACAAAAAAAAUUAGCUACGUAUAUUAAAGUAUUUAUAAGAGUAGAGAAUUCAUUAUAUGAUUGCUGUUUGUGUGUUGUUGAAAAGUUAUUUACUAAUCAUCAACCUUGCCACAAAUUGAAUCUGGUUAUUCAAUACGCCUCAAACUUGGGUAACAUUUUAUUUUUCUGUGUGAGUGCUAUUUUACAGGGUUCAGUUGUUGGAUCAUAGGGCCCAGUGUUACAAAAGAGUUUAUGAUUGAUCUGAUCAAUUACAGCUAUGGAAAGGCGGUAAAAACAACAUUCAACAUGCAUUUGUCUUGUCAAGGCAUUUUCUGAAUAUGUUGUAUUCUCAUACUUGCAUCAUUGACUCGGUAAAACAGUGUGCUUCAUUUGUUUCAAAAGGGACAUUGUGUACAUUUCCUUUGCGAAAAAUUGUGACAUGGGAUUUUCAUAGUUGUGAUUAAUCAGUUCAGUUACAAUUCUUUGUAAGACGGGACUUCGAUUUCUCUGAUUGAAUCAGAUUAUUUGCCAACGGUUAUGUAUUCUGUGAAUAACCUGUAUAGAUAUUGGGUAUCGAUGGGCCUUGUUAUUUAUAUGGCCAUAUUCAUUCAGAAUCUUCUACACGAUUUCCAGACUAACAAAGAUUUGUUUACGCAAGUGGGUGUACUGUAGAGGGGUAUUAACACAAGUUUUUCUUCACCUAUUCUUUCAUGACUACUCACAAUUCUUCCUGUACUAAUUAUAUACUAUCCACCCUAUAUAGCUUGAAUAACACACCUUCCACAUGCAUUAUUUGUUGUAUCUGAAGAACAUUCCAUCUUGCCCGAAGUUUAAUGUUCUUUCAGUGAUAAAUAUGAUCCAUUAACAAAGUGAUAUUUGGAUGAUGUAUUCCCAUUACACAAUGAAUGGUGCCCUUGUGUAAACAAUCAUAGGAUAUUACAUGAUUAACUCAUUAAAAUAUUGAUACAUUGUAGGUACUGGUAUGUUUCUUCCGUGUAUUCACAUUAAAGCUCCAUUCAGAAAUGGGGAAUCAAAGCCCAGCAACAUUUUUUUUCCAUGAAGGUUGAUUAAAAUUGUGCUUUAAUGGCCAACUCGAUUUAAAGGGCAUUAUUGCCAUUGUCAAUAUCCAAAGUUGUGCAGAGUUCAUUUGCCAACUUCUUUUAAAAUUUGACUGGUACACAACUUUCAUAGCUGACUCCCUUUUGACUGGUACGCAACUUUCGUAGCUAGACGGAAAAAAAAGAAACGUUGCUGGGUUGUUUCCCUUGGCUUUGUUGUGUCAAGUCUGAAUGGGACUACUGUAACAGAUGAUAUCCUGGCAAGAAUUGGUUGUGUUACUAUGGUAUUGAUGGACACAUCAGCUUGUUUCCUUGCGUGAGGGAAGCUGUGUCAGGGCUAGGAUUUGAUCCCUCGACCUGCCAAUCCUUAGCCCUCAAGGCCACAACACUUCUGUUUUUCCAGAAAUUAAUAACUUGUUAUUGGAUGAAAUACACUUGGCUUCUUUGUUCUCUUUAUAAGGCAAGCAAAACAAGUAUCUUUUCUUCAAAAUUAAUUGUUGUGCAGUAAAUGUACCUUUGAUUUAUCUUUCAAGUGAUAUGCUGCCAAUUAGCAUCAAUGGACUAUUUUAUUGUCUGAUCAAAAACAUGUUACAAGGAGUCAAAAUAAAGCAUUUUCAUAAUCAACCUUGUGGCUGCCAUUUUCAUGUUGCCAUUCUUAUCACUAUGUUAAAACUUUGAGAAAUUCUAAAGUGAUAUUUUGUCAUUGAUUUUUUUUUGCGAAGUACAGAGUGUGCUGUAUAGGCCAAUUACCAUGACAUCUUGUUCAUGACUAUUUCAUUGUUGAUCAUAUUUUGGAAAAGGUUGGUUUUGUAUUUGUUGACAGCAUUGUUGUCUUGUCAAAAAUGUGUUAGUCAUUUCCAAAUAAAAAUGAGAAUCUUAAAAAAAA